AUCGUCCUCAUGCAGACCGUCUAUUACGGCUCGUUGGGCCUUUGGCUGGCGCUGGUGGACGGGCUAGUGCGCAGCAGCCCCUCGCUGGACCAGAUAUUCGACGCCGAGAUCCUGGGCUUUUCCACCCCUCCUGGCCGGCUCUCCACGAUGUCCUUCGUCCUCAACGCCCUCACCUGGAGCUGACAUGGACCCAAAUCCUCGGGCAGCCCUGGAGCGCCAGCAGCUCCGCCUUCGGGAGCGGCAGAAAUUCUUUGAGGACAUUUUACAACCUGAGACAGAGUUUGUCUUCCCCUUAUCCCACCUGCAUCUCGAGUCGCACAGACCCCCUAUAGGCAGUAUCUCGUCCAUGGAAGUGAAUGUGGAUACGCUCGAGCAAGUGGAACUUAUUGACCUUGGGGAUCAGGAUGGAGCAGACGUGUUCUUGCCUUGUGAAGAUCCUCCCCCAACCCCCCAGACGUCUGGGGUAGACGACCAUCCGGAGGAGCUGAGCCUGCCAAUGCCCACGCCAGACAGGACCACAUCCCGCACUUCCUCCUCGUCUUCUGACUCCUCCAUCAACCCACACAGCCCAAAUCCCAGUGACGGUGGAGCAGACACGCCCUUGGCACAGUCUGACGAGGAGGAUGGGGGUGAUGGCGGCGCAGAGCCUGGAGCCUGCAGCUAGCAGUGGGCCCCCACCUACAGACUGACUGAGCUGGCUGUUCUCCACUUGAGACCCUAGAUCCAGCCAGAGCCCUUCGGAGAAGACCAGAUUCUACUUGCAGUAGGCACCUGAGGGAGGAAAGGAUGGUGGGAUGGUGUAUCUUUCUAGGACUUAACCCGCUCCUGCUUUACUGCUAACUUUUUCCUGCUGCAUCCCUCCCGCCAGUUUUUGGCUUCCUCCUGAGGUAGGGCUUGCCAGUGAGGAGAUGGAAGAUGAGAUAGGACAAGAGGCCACUGCUUUUCUUAGCACUCCUCCCUCCCCCAAACUGUCCUGCAGUCUCCUGCUAGAGUCUCCUAAGCCAGUGUCUCUAAAUGGACGUGAACUCCUUAACACUCCCAGUGAGAUGGUACUCCAGCCAUCCUGCUUCCUUACAUCCUUUUUGGAACAGGGCAUGGUAUAAAUAAUAAAUAGAUAAUAAUAUACCAACCAUUCCACUUCAUUUUUCACAUUGUACAGAUCUCACACCCACUGUAUUUCUUUAGCUCCUACCCAAUACCAUAUUCUCAUCACUCAUUUACUCCAUUUAUUCAAGAAAUAAUUAUUGAACCCCUGUGCUGGACAUUUGGAAUACAGUUUUGAACAAGAGGCUGUAUCCCUGCCUUCGUGGAGGAGAAAACCACGUAAAUACCACAGCUCACAGUGUGAUAUGUAGUGUGGUGAGGAGUCGUUCUGUUACAAAACAGAGGCAUCUUAACCUAGCUUGUACGGUCAUUGAAGAGCUGAUUUCUAAGCUGGGGUCCAAAGGAUGAGCAGGAGUUACCCAGGUGGGAUCUGUAAUCCAGGCAGAAAGAGCAGCUUGGAGAGACUUUAAAUGGAGAGAAAUGUCCUGCAGAACUGAAAAACAUUCAGCUUGGCUGAAUUUUUGAAUUUGAGCAGGAAAUGAAGGGACAGGUAAGACUGACAAAGGUCAGGUCAGGACAUGCUUUGAAGCCUGUAUCAAGUUUCAGUUUGACUGCUAGCAAAGUAUCAGUGACUUCAGAUACAAAUUUUAUUUCCUCAUAUGAAAGAAGUCCAAAGUACAGGGCUAUGUGGUCGCUCCACAGUCACUGGGCACCCAGGUCCUUUUGGCUCUUUUUGCUCAGCCACCUAAGGCGCAUGGCUGGGUUCUCAUUGAUAUCUCAUGUCCAGUAUGGUUGUUGAGGCCCCAGCCAUCAUGUGGUUGAAACUGGUGGAAAGCAGGAGAAGAAAUUGGGGAUGGGCCAAAAAGGCACCGCCAGCUGUCUAUUCCCACUUUGAGAAGCAUUUUUGGACGUUCUAACCAAUAGUAUCCACUUCCAUCUUAUUGGCCGGAACUUGGUAAUGUGAGGAAUGUUUCCCGGACAUUUCAUAGACAUAGGGACACAGCAUUAUCUAGAAGAAAGGAGAUUCUGGUCAAAAGCCACUUCCAAAGAUGCUUUGGAGAGAUAAUAACCCUUUCGAUUUCAGCUACCAAUGCUUCUGACUUCUCUGCUUCCUGCCAAACCUCUCAGAAGCACCCUGGCUGCUGAGGAGGCUGGGACCAUCCUUUAGUAGGGCGCACUGCUGUCUUGAUAAAAUCAGCUACAUUACUAAGAAACAAGAGAAUAGUAGUGAUUGGGUAGAUAACUAGCAGUUUCCAUGUUAACAAAUUUGAACUUUAUUGGAAGUAAUAAAGGAUUACAAGUGGUUGAA